AAGGGUAAUGGUCCAGUUUACAGGUUAUAGCAGAAAUCCGUGUCAGCACCUCUAACUUUUGCAAGCAGGACUGAAGCAGAAGCAGAGGAGAUGCAGUGUUUAUCUCUUGAGAAUACUGUUCUGUUUCCAUGGCAGUAGACAGCUCAGUCCAGAUUUGGGCAAUCUUGUCUGCAAAGUAGCAUGAAAAAAAUUAGGAGAGAAAAACUUGACUGCAGCUGAAUGGAGGCAGUCAAAAUUAAUCAAGCUUGCAUACAGUGAGAUUGGGUCUGCUAUAUGAGACUGCAGAUGCUACGAAGAAAUCUCUUUGCUUCCUGCAUGGCGAAGGCAUCUGAUUUAAAAUCUGCCUGCCCCAGUCACUGAGACUUCGAGGGAGACUUCGGCCGCUUACCUUCUGAAGUGGCUUGUGAAGCUUGAAGAAGCUUGUGAAGAGGGAUGUACUCUGAAAUCUUUUGAGCACCUGUGGGAGGACUGGAAAACUGAGAAGACGAUGAGAACAUACAGGUUGGUGUGCUUCAGGCAGGGUCUUGACUUACAGCAGAGGGAGGCACGAGGAUUUCCAAGGGAAAGUGCAACUGUUCAGCUCGGAGCUGAGACAGGAGCUGUGUGUGACACAGGGCUGCAGCUGGAGUGAAAUUUCACAAGGUGAAAUGGGCCAGUCCCAGUUCUACAGCGAUGCUGCUUCAUACUGCCCUUCCCAACACCCUUUUCUUUUGAAAAGAGAAACCUGAAGCCUAUUUUCAUGUACAUAAAAUUUUACGCUUUACCAUCCCCUCCUCACUGCCAGAGAAGGCAAUGACUUAACCAUGUAGCAUUGGUUGUGCUGUGGAUUAGUACUUAAGCAAUGCAAUUAGUGCUCACCUGUUUUUUCCUACUGUGUCAUGUGCCUUCUCAGGAGAGCCCAGUCUUGGGUUCUCUAGUUUUAUUUUCCUUGAUAAAUAUAACAUACAAGGAAACUUUUUAAUUUUUCAUUUUUUUGAUGAGAGAACGACAUUCCCCAGAAUUUCACAAAGAAUUGAAGAUCUGGGGUGGGGGAAGGCAGAUGAAGCAUACCUGGGUGUAUGCAGUGCCUCGCUGAGGGGACUCCUGCCUGCUACUGUGGGACUAACAGGAGACUGAUUUCAUGACAGCGUUUGCAUUUUGUCCAUCUGCUUUGUCCAGUCUUAGUUUUAUUUCUAUUCUCCUACAGUAAGACCCUUUUUCACCGCUUCUGUUAUUGAUCAAACCAAGCUUAUAAUUCAACUGUGUUAUCUAAAAGUGCAAUCGUGCUUUGGAAUUUAAAAAUAAUGACAACUUUCUGCUGUCUUUGUUUCCAGCCCCAUGCAAUUUAACUACACCAUGGCUCCUUAGAGUUGUAUUUCACAGACAUUUACUUAAUCUAUUAAUUCUUUUUUUUGCAAUUUCAGAGUAGGGUUCUGACUUAUCAUCAGUGUACUUCAGUAUAAUGUGGCUGUCGUGUUCUGCAAGAUCUGUAAUGAAUUAGUAUAUGUAAUUGUAAAUAGUAGAGAUGAUUAUAAAUAGUAAAAAAGAACAGAAAAUACAUGAAAGAAACAAGUAGAAGCUUAAUAAAAUGUUACUGACCGUGGAUAUUUAAAAUAAUUAGUUCAUUUACUUAGUCACUGACUAAACUGGUAUAAAUUGAUAUUUUGGCUGUGAUGCGCUGUCUUCAAUUAUAAUUUUCCAUUAUAAAAUUGAUUAACUUUUUUUCCUUGUUUCUCAAUUACAACAUCAUGUGAAAAAUAUGAAAUGGUGAGCUGCACUAGAAAAACUCGGUGGCUUCUGCUUCUCACGUCCUUCUCAGGAAGACAGAUGGUAGCUGGGCAGGUUAACCUUCCCAGGGACCCCCCUAGACAACAGGGACAGAGAUCCUCCAUAAGACAGGUGGUAACCCAAUGACUUUGCAUUGCAGUACUGAAGCUUGCAGGAAGAACGAUUGCUCCUAGAACUGAGAAUGUACAUCUGGAGAAAGCUUUUGAAACCCGUUUCUUAAAGUUGCUGCUGCUUGGGGAGUCGAUUCACAUUAUGGAUGCCACAUAUAGACAGAUCUGGGUUAAAGCAGUCUGGUCUAUGCACAGCAUCCUCCCAGCAUCGCUUCCAGCUGAGCUUUGCCCUCCCAGCACCAGCAAGCGCCCAGCCGAAGGCUCUGACGCAGAAGGUAGACAUUUCAGAUACCCAUUAUUCCACUCAUUACCCUGCUUCAUGCCAGGGAAUACCCUCGGUGUGGAGGAAGAUUUUUCUUUUGAGGAAGUGGCAAGAGGGAUCACCUCUCCCUCGUGUAUCUCCUCUCUGGGGCUGGAAGCUUCUUUCUCUUUGACCAACCCAGCUGAAACCAGGCAUCAGUACAGCAGUCUGUCGAAAACAGCUGGCUUGGGGGCAGAGACCUUGGCACAGGCACUGGGCUCCCUCAUCGAUCGCUGGGGACCUCCCAACUUCCAUCCCUCCCCCGCCGCCCCAGCCUCCGCCGUAUGAAGCAUACCGAGGGCGAAGUGUACCCCCCCACCCCGUAUCUGUUUUUUUCCAGCUGAUACAAGAGUUGGAUGUCCUCCUCUUGAGCCCUCCCUCCCCGACCCCCGAGGCCGGGGCUCCUCGGGCUGCUGCCCCGCGCUGGAGCUGGCCCCGGGGGCUCCCCGGCCGCCCCCCGCCCCGCAGGCCGAGCGGGGCGGGCGCUGCAGGCACCGACCUGCCGGGGGACGGACCCGCUCCCGGGGCUGGGCAGCUCCCCUCCGCCGUCACCUGUAGCGGGGCGCUGCCAUCCCUGCGUUCCUCCGGCACACGCCUGUCCGCAGCCCCGCUCCCUGCCCGCGUGGUCCCCCGAAGUGAACCAAAGCUGCGCGCAGCGGGGAGGAGGCGGCGCCGCCUUGUUCCGGAGGGAUGUGACAUUUGUUUUCGCCGUCGCCUCCCUCCGCCCCGGAGGGCUGCGAGUGGGGGGCUGGAAGGGGCGCGGGGGGCCGUCUCCUCUACCCCCGCCCCGGGGAGGAGCCUCAGCCCCAAAUGAGGUGCGUGUCCACCCGCGGGUCCGCUUUCCCGGAGAGGCGCUGGGAGCGCGGCCGCCCCGUCCCCGGGGUGCCCUUACCCGCCGCCCAUGGCUCCGCCUGCCGCCCGCGGUGCCGGCUCGCAGCCCCGGCGGGGAAGGGCUGCGUCUGCCCCGUGAAACGAUGGGAGCGGGGUCUCCGAGGGGGCGGCGGGAGCCGCUUUUGCGCCUUUCGGAGUUGAGCGUGGAGGGAGGCAAAACAGCUACCUGAGGGCGGAACAAACCAAACAUCCCCGAAUCGGAAACCCAACAACAAGUAGUUCUCGCCGGGCGGGGAGGCACGGAGAGCGGCUGGGGAUGGGCGUCCGCCGCCGCGCACCGCCGGAGCCCGCCUGAGCAGAGGAGCCGCGUUCUCUCCCCUGGCGAAGGGAGAAGCUCGCCCCCCGCGGACCUGCCCGCCACCGGCUGCCCCCCCGCCGUCCCCGCUGCCGCCUCCCGCGCCCGCCCCAGUCAUGUCCGACCCGGAGCGAUGGGGAAGCUCGAGGACAACGAGAGGGUGAUCCUCAACGUGGGGGGCACGCGGCACGAGACCUACCGCAGCACCCUGAAGACCCUGCCGGGGACCCGCCUGGCCCUGCUCGCCUGCGAGUCCCAGAGCGAGUCCCCGGGCGGCGAGGAGCCACCGCCGCCGCCCCCCAACCCGCCGCCGCCGGCGGGCGGCUGCCCGGAGCCCGGCAGCGGCUGCAGCCCCCGGGGCAGCGGCGGCACCAGCGAGUUCUUCUUCGACCGGCACCCGGGGGUCUUCGCCUAUGUGCUCAACUACUACCGCACCGGCAAGCUGCACUGCCCCGCCGACGUCUGCGGGCCGCUCUUCGAGGAGGAGCUGGCCUUCUGGGGCAUCGACGAGACCGACGUGGAGCCCUGCUGCUGGAUGACCUACCGCCAGCACCGCGAUGCCGAGGAGGCCCUCGACAUCUUCGAGGCACCCGACCUGCUGACGGGCGAGCCGCCCCCCGACGGCGACGACGACGACCUGGCCGCCAAAAGGCUGGGCAUCGAGGACGUGGGGGCGGCCGCCGAGGGCAAGGGCGGGCGCUGGCGGCGGCUGCAGCCCCGCGUCUGGGCGCUCUUCGAGGACCCCUACUCCUCACGGGCUGCCAGGUUCAUCGCCUUUGCCUCUUUAUUCUUCAUCCUAGUUUCAAUCACGACCUUUUGCCUGGAAACACAUGAGGCUUUCAAUACUAUUAUAAACAAAACCGAGCAGGUUGUCAACGGGACAGAAACUGGGCCACAGUAUGAAAUUGAGACAGAUCCUGCCCUGACGUAUGUGGAAGGAGUCUGUGUGGUAUGGUUUACAUUUGAAUUUUUAGUACGUGUUGUUUUUUCCCCCAACAAACUUGAAUUUAUCAAAAACCUCUUGAAUAUCAUUGACUUUGUGGCCAUCCUGCCCUUUUACCUAGAAGUGGGCCUGAGCGGGCUCUCCUCUAAAGCUGCUAAGGACGUGCUUGGUUUCCUCAGGGUGGUAAGGUUCGUGAGGAUCCUACGAAUCUUCAAGCUCACCCGGCACUUUGUGGGCCUCAGGGUGCUGGGCCACACUCUGCGAGCCAGCACCAAUGAGUUUUUGCUGCUGAUAAUAUUCCUGGCACUCGGUGUUUUGAUAUUUGCCACCAUGAUUUACUACGCAGAGCGGGUGGGAGCCCAGCCUAAUGACCCAUCAGCGAGUGAGCACACACAGUUCAAAAAUAUCCCUAUCGGCUUCUGGUGGGCUGUGGUCACCAUGACCACCCUGGGAUACGGGGAUAUGUAUCCACGGACUUGGUCGGGCAUGCUGGUGGGAGCCCUGUGCGCGCUGGCAGGGGUGCUCACCAUAGCCAUGCCCGUGCCUGUGAUAGUUAACAAUUUUGGGAUGUACUACUCCCUGGCCAUGGCAAAGCAGAAGCUCCCGAGGAAGCGGAAGAAGCACAUCCCUCCUGCUCCUCAAGCCAGCUCGCCCACCUUCUGCAAGACAGACUUGAACAUGGCCUGCAAUAGCACACAGGGUGACAUCUGCUUGGGCAAGGACAACCAGCUGAUGGAGCACAACAGAUCAUCAGUGUUAUCAGGUGAAGACAGUGCAGGAAGUGAGCAGCCACUCUCACCUGGUGAAAGGCUCCCUCCCAUCAGACGCUCUAGUACAAGAGACAAAAACAGAAGAGGGGGAACAUGUUUCCUACUGACAACAGGUGAUUACACGUGUGCUACUGAUGGAGGGAUCAGGAAAGGCUAUGAAAAAUCUCGAAGCUUAAACAACAUAGCUGGCUUGACAGGCAAUGCUCUGCGACUGUCUCCAGUAACAUCACCCUACAGCUCACCUUGUCCUCUAAGGCGCUCUCGGUCUCCCAUCCCUUCCAUCUUGUAAACCAGAUGGCAUCAAUCGGCUACAUAGUAUUAAUUCAAAUAUUGUUUACCACAUACUGGAAAUAAAUGUAGCAUUAACCAUAGGCUCCACAAAUAUGGUAUAACUCUUGCAUGAUAUAACUGUCAGUAGUAAGAAAUGCCACUUGGGUAGCUUUUAAAGAUUACCUAAGGUAGUGCUUCUCCUUUUAUCUACUAUAUUGUCCUACUUUCCUGUGGCAAUAAAAGGACAGUGGAUGCCGUUGGCCAGUAUAUUCAAUAAAUAAGCAUAUUUUCAGGGAGAUUUACUUAAAAUAACGUGCUUCCAACUAAUUGUCAGUCACUCCAUUGAACCUCCAUUUCUUGUGACUCUAAUCCAUUCUGAAGAUGUCUGCUCUGAAGGGUCUGCUCAUUUGCAUGGACCAUCCUGUCUCCAUCACCUGACAAGCAGUGUUGCUGAUCACGGAGACCACAGAGGGCUCUGGAUGUGUGUUUUCACAUUGUACCAUCCUGCUGAAAUGAAAGCACUGAUAAACUGGUCUGCAUGUGGGAUUGUUUUCCUUUGUUUAACCUUUUCCUUUAUUUUUAAUGAUCUACUUGUUUAUAAAUGGCUUUAUUUUGUGAUUAACUUACUUUGGUACUGGAUUGCUGUAUCAGAGUUCUGAAUGUCUCCGGUUGUUUGCACACAGAUAACUGCAAAGAGGUUGUCAUUACUGGUUACACGCAAGCAGAAGCCAGAUCUCUUUCUUAAUGGCUUGGGGAAGGCACAAAACAUGCAAGAAAGGUAAACGCCAUCCAGACUUGCAAUUUUAAGCUAGCAAGUGCUGCUUGGUACUGUAGUAAUUUCUCUACUCCAGGGUUCUUCCACAUUUUCAAAGGCUGAGUACCAAGUAAAAUUGAGAAGAUUAUUGGGGGCUUUUUUUACCACUGUAAGAGGGUAGUAGUUCUCAAGUCGGGUUUUUGACCAGCCUUAUACCUCUGGCUCAUGAGCUUCAAAAAUUUCUUCAAUGUUUUUUGAGGUGCUUUGUCCUAUAUGUUGUUUGUCUGUCUGUUUUGCAACCUGUCUACUGUAUUCUCCAUCUGUCUCCAUAAAGCACAGAGAUACUGUUAAAAUGCCCCCUCUUUUAAGCUUAACUAAGGAUAUUUUUCUCCUUUUCUCUUUUUUUCAUAUGGACUAUACUUAUGUGUAUAGAUACAAGUACAUAUAUUUUUCAAGUGCAAGUUAGUAUCAUCUAGACUAACUCAUGUGAGCACUCUGAAGAUUUUUCAAGUGGGUUUUCGUAGUGGCUUUACAGUCCUGACCUGUUGCCUAUUGCAUCAAUCUUCUUAGCAACCAACUUUCAUUACAGUUCUGAAACUGUAUUUCCUCUAGUGGCUUUUUCAUUCAAUAUUAACCUCUGUUUAUGCGACAGGACAAAUGCAAUGGCAGAUUUGAUGUUCUGGGCUGGUGAGGAAAAAUUUCCCUAAACCAUAGAGUUUUAGAACUACAUGGGGAAGAACAUAACAACUGAAAUCUUAAGAGAUCCUUGAGAUUGUUGAAUAAUACCCAAUUGUCAUGUUUUAUUUUUUGUUAGGAAAAGAAAUACAACUUAUUGUUGACCAUGUAACAUGUUCUUCUGUAUAUAGCCUAGCCCAACAGCAUGAUCUGCAUGUCAGAAUUCUUGUACAAUAAUGUAUUUAUCAAAGUAUACAUUUCUGAUAUUUAGAGAUGUACAUUAAUUUAGUUUUGGUAAAACGUUGUCAAUAGAGAGAUAAUUGCAAACAGCUUUUAGCAAAAGGAUUAAUAUAAUAUCUGGUGCUGCUGUUAUAUUAACUACAGUGUUGUACAGAAUUUAUCAUGGAUUUUUGACUGCUGAAAAAGGGACAAUGGAAUUUAGCCAUACCAAGGACUGUACUGGAAAAAGACUGCUGCUGCUGAAUGGGCCCUGAUAAACAACUCACGCCUUGAGGAGGUCACUGAGACUUUACAUGCGAAGUAGAGCUUGCUAAAGAAGAUUAAAGAAUGCUUAUGAUCACUGCUGCCAGAGGAAGGGGUGACUAGUCAUUGUUGAUGAGUCAGCUGUAAAUAAAACGUGUGCAUGGAAUAUCAGUUUUUAUCUAUAGCAAGGAAAGCUGAAUUCAAGUCAUCACUGCUAAGGCUCCAUGCAAAGACCCUCACCCCUGUGUGUAUUCCUGGUUCCUGCAGUAAGCUGUGCUGUGGAUCAUAAACAGACACACACUUAAUAAUGAUAGUGGUGUAAACUACAUCUGUCUUGACUUCUGUCAUAAUAAUGGUAUAUUUUGCAAACACAAAUAUGAACGGAGUAGGUUUGCAUACGUCCUUGCUUUCUCAGUUUGCCAUGACCUAUAUUUGUAUGAAUUCUAGUGUACAUGCCAAGUCUUAAGUUCACUUUUCACUUUGAUAACAGAAAUGUGACUGCAGGCAAACAUCACUGACUUUGUUCACAGCACACAGUCUUCUUUCAUUGUUACCUCAAACUAUAAGUAUUAUGGGAAAAAAAAUUCUGGCAGCAAGAUUAUUUUGGGUUUGUUUGUUUGUUUUUUGUAACUCAAAGUGUUGCAAACCCAAUAUCAGUAAGUAUAAAAGAUGUAUUAAAAUUAUAUCCUACAAAUGUAUAUUUUACAUAAAAGAUAUAUUCUUUGAUGAGUUACUUUCUGUGAUUUUUGUGGUAAAUGGAUCUAGUCUAUUCUAUGUUUAUGAGGCAUUGUAGUGCUACGAUGUGGUAAUUAUGUUCUCUCCAUCCUAUUCAGUGGGAAAUUCUCCAGAAUCUGUUUUGUCACCCUGGUGUCCCGAUUGUAGGGACCUGUCCCAGUUGUGAAACUCUGUAUUGUGGAACUUCUGUGAACAUGUCAAGGUGCAUGCACAACCCUGGUGGAAACCAGUGGAAAUGUAAUAACCUGAAUUGGAGAAUAAAAGGCAAAAGACCUGGGGAGGAACUUGGAACAUA